AUAUCACGUGUUUGCUGAAAGAUGUUGUGACGUCAGCUCCGCAGGCGCGUACUCGGGAGGCGCGCUCUCGCGGCCGCUGUCGGCAGCAAAACAGACCGGGAGCGGAGGCGGGAGGUGCAAGAGCUGCAGACUUGUUCUCAAAGCCAAAGAUACAAUCCAUAGUUCAGAAGGAAGUGAAGUCAAUUGGAAAAUAAGAUUUGCCCAUCGUCUAAUUGGAUUUUUCACCAGUCUGCAGACUGCUCUUGUCAAUUGAAAGAUGAGUGUUACACGUGGACGCAGUUUUGUUGAGGUUAUUUGUGAGAAGUACAGCCCAGAAAACUUCCCGUAUCGACGAGGAAUGGGUAUUGGCAUUCACAUCGCUUUUGGGCCCCAGGGCUCACCUGUGAAAGCACGUCUAAACCUUCCAGCUAUCCUCGUGCUGGAUGGUUGUGGAAUUAACACUGCUGGAGAGGAAACUGACAUUGCUGCCUUCUGCUCGCAUGUUUGUGAACUCGACUUAUCCAAUAACAAUCUACAAGACUGGUACGAGAUCAGUAAAAUUGUGUCAAAUCUUGCCAAUCUGACCUUUCUGAAUCUCACCUCGAAUUCGCUGACUGAGGCCAGGUUAGACUCGAAAUGUGCGGCCUCUUUCUCCCGAAUACAGAGACUCGUCCUCAACAAUACCAAGGUUUCAUGGGAAACCAUUCACACAUUUCUGCAGGAGUUACCAAGGUUGGAGGAGCUUUUCCUGUGCUUAAAUGACUACAGGACAGUUCUGCUAUCGCCCUGUUCCUACCCAUCACUGCGACUCCUCCAUAUUACUGACAAUAAUCUCACCGACUGGGCAGAGCUACACAAACUUGGACAGAUGUUCCCAGGCCUGGACACAUUAAUCCUGGCAAACAACCCACUGACCAGCAUCGUGGAUUCACAAGAAACAUUGGCACGGCUUUUCCCAAACCUACGAUCAAUAAAUCUUCAUAAUUCGGGACUAAGCUCAUGGGAUGACAUUGAUAAACUCAAAGCAUUCCCUAAACUGGAGGAAGUGAGGCUUCUGGGAAUUGCAUUACUGCAAAAUUAUUCUGAGGAGGAACGACGCAAGCUCGUCAUAGCUAGGUUACCAUCAAUUAUUCUAUUAAACGGGAGUAAAGUUGCAGGAGAGAGGAUAGAUGCCGAACGAUUUUUGAUACGUUACUACAUAAAGCAGCCAGAUGACGAUUUACCAGAAAGGUUCUUCUCGGAAAUGGAGGUUCUUGCACAGGAGAUAUCCCCCUUGGGGCCACACCACCAUACACCUCAUCCACCUCAAGCAUUCUCUGCACGUGUGUUACAGGGGAGACUCUAACUCCUGAUAAAACUUCAGAUAACAAUGGCAGGGCAGCUCAGGAAAGACCAGGCCCUUUCCCAGCCCCUGAGGAUGAGAGAAAUGCAGGCUUCAUGGAUAAGAAAACUGCUUUCCUCCUUGAAAUAGUUGUGAGGGAAAUGCCAUGGUGCUUAAACAACAUGGCUAAGUGUGUAGAGGAAUCUGCUUCAGGCCAAUGUGGCAUCAGUCCGUAUGUUGUGAGCAAUCUGCAGUUUUACUUUAGUCACUGGGAUAGCUCCAGGAUAGCAGCAGUCGAUUCCUCAGAAAUUACGUCUAUUACAUUAAUUUAUUUGUUCAUUUAAUACAAAAUUCAAAAACUAUAUUGGAGUGAUAUGGUUACUGCAGUUGGAAAGUGUUUUCAAGUGUUGUCUCAAGGGCUUAAAGCCUUGAAGAUCAACGAUAAACAUUUUGGGAUGGGAAAAGAAAGUGACCAUUUUUUUGUAAUAUUUGAAAGGGGCAGCAUGCACAAUCUGUCUCUGAUAACAACAUCCUGCCACUUGAAUUAUUACAAAGCACCUACCAUUGUUUGUGCAUAUCUAGACUUGGGUGCAAGUAAUAGGUGUUUACUUAACUGAAGAGACUAAUACAAAUUCUGCAGUUAUCACAAAGGUGUUACCUACAUUGCACAAGUCAAUUCUAUUUUACAUUAUUAAGAAGCACAGUGAACAACAUGCCAGCAUUAAUCAGUACACUGACAGUGAGAGAGUAUCUUCCAAGCAAUGAUUGUCUGAUACAGUUUGAACAGAUCAAACGUGAACCAAGGUUGACUGAAGGAAUGCUAUUCCAGCUGCAGAUGUUGACCUGGGUUGAACUUUAAAUAGGUGAACAAAAUGUAUUUUGUUUCUUACCUCGUAUAUUAACUGCAGUUGUUUGGCUAAUUGAUGCAAAUGGAGAGCAAUAAAACAAUGUACUUCUGGUUACAUUCAUUGCAGAGCUGCUGUAAAACUAUGCAUUGCAUAACAGUAUCUAACAAAUCCUAAAACUCAGGAAAAUAAAGCCUUUAAUAAGAGA